CAGUCAAAAAACAUUGGAUUGACAAGUCAUUAGUUGAAUUAUUAUUCACUGACAAAAACUUCAGCAUGGCAGGCAGGGAACACCUGGGUGUAUUGCUGUUACAGUACCUUCCACCAUAAGAAAUGGGGGACGCAUCAGUGGAAGUGAAAGAUAGCCGUCCUGUUAUUUAUGUGACUGGCUUUGGACCUUUCCCAUCACAUGCAGUUAAUGCAAGCCAGUUGGCUGUUGAUGGUCUUGCAAACUUUAAUUUAGAAGAGGAACUAGGAGUGAAGUUAGUAACGGAAACGAUGAAAGUUGAAUAUAACUAUGUUCAAAAGACUAUUCCACAGAGAUGGGCAAAUUUGAAACCGAAGUUGACUGUUCAUGUGGGAGUGUCCGGCCAGGCAGAAACACUAACUUUAGAGCAACUUGCACACAACGCUGGCUAUAAUAGACAGGACAACUGUGGAUGUAUGCCUGGCUCAGGUCUUUGCAUUCCUGAUGGGGAUCAAGUUAUCCAUUCUGGGAUCCGCAUGGACUUGAUAUCCAGAAACAUCAACAAGAACACGGGUCUCAACCUGCCAUGUGUUAAGUCCACUGAUGCAGGCAGAUUCCUAUGUGACUUCAUUUACUACUUGUCCUUGAAGGAAGACAGGAAUCGCUCAGCCUUUAUCCACGUCCCAACUCUCAACAGAUUUUCAGCAAAAGACAUUUCAGCUGCUGUUGCAGCUGCUAUUAAGGAAAUGUAUAAACAGGUUGUGGAGAGGGACAUGCAAGAAGGAAAGGAAGAGUUGAAUGGUGUGUCAGUGAAGACCAAGUGUGAUGACAUGCCUGAAGAGGAAUCACUAGGGAAAGUGUUUGUUGGUAAUUAAUUAUUUAACUUUAGAUUUACACUUGCAGGGCUCAUGUCAUUGAAGUUAUUAUGAAAUUAUAUUGGUGCUGUCAUAUAAACUUAUAUUUAUGUGGGAGUCAUACAUUUGUUAAUGUUAUAUUAAUGGGUUGAUCCACUUAUUCUGGACUUUGCUCUAUUCUACUUUACUGUGAUAAAUAUGAUAAAAACAGACCAUAUGGGAAAAAUCAGGCUGUUGGAAACAAUCUCUACAUUCCAACUGCUACGGGAAAAUUAUUGAGCUUACCAGGUAAUGACUGAUGGUUCACUCAUGCAUUGUCAUAGCUGUUUUUUUGUAAUAUUUUUUUUUUUUUUUUUUUUUUAGAAUAAAUGGAAGUUAGUUUGUAUAGUCUGAGUGACCUGGUAAUGUAUCAUAGGUGUGUGUUUGUACUCGCCGAGCUGUGCCUGCAGGGUCUAUUUCCUGAUCCCUUCUUAAUUUUCAUUUGACUGACAUUGUUGGUUCUCAGCCAUUUGAACACUGUUACAGCUACUUUUGUUUGAAUCCACAAAGGAAAUGAAUGUUUUGCCUUGCUUCUUCUGUCCUUAUGUUCCUGGCUAUUAUACUUUUGCCUGUCCCCCUUUUUUUUUAUAUUUUGGCUAUUUGUGUUUAACUAAAUAUUAAUUUAGUUUAAGUAACCUAACCUAAAAUAUUUAAUUUUGCUCAGAUCAUUUAGAAAGUGAUGUAUAUGAAUGUGUUGGGAAACAAACUGUGUACUUUUGACUUUUAGUGUACAGGAUGGAAAGAGAAAAUAUGAUAAAUAUAUAUAAGUUCAUAAAAGAAUACAGAAAAAUGAGUAAGAUUUCUUGGCACUAUCAGCAGGUAGAACAGAUAAAAAAAAUUACUAUAACAUUGUGCAGAAAAGAUCUUAUAGAAAAAACACUAUAAAUAUUGUAAUACACGUCUUCACAGCACGAGUGGUAGAUAGAUAAACAGACAUGAGGUAGUGGGUCUACUACUGGAAACCUUCUUCUUUCAACACAUCGGCUGUAUCCCACUGAGGCAGGGUGGCCCAAAAAGAAAAACGAAAGUUUCUCUUUCAAUUUAGUAAUAUAUGCAGGAGAAGGGGUUACUAGCUCCUUGCUCCUGGCAUUUUAGUCACCUCUUACUACACACACAGCUUACAGAGGAAGAAUUCUGCUCCACUGCCCCCAUGGAGAUGGAAACAGUUAUGAUUUGCUAAGUAUUUAUGAAGCAGCACAAUAAUGUAUGGUUUUUCUACUGCAACUACAAAUAGAUAAUUGCAUGCACAUUCACUUGCUUGCUGGCUCACGCUCUUCAUUUUCACUUCCAAAAUUCACACACUUCCCUUCCAUCCCUCCCUACUGGCUAUACCAGUUAGUUAUUUUAAUCACUGAGAAGCGCUAAACCCAUAGAGGUUAUAUAAUGUUUGGGAAGGCAAUCAGGUUUGGUCCAAGGAAGGUUGGAGGGUUAAAUUAAGAACCUCUUCCCUCUAGAGAGGUUCAUUGAUGAGAGACUCUUGAUCUAAGGAACUGAACCUAUAUUACAUUUUAGCCCUUGUGGUUUAGCGCUUCUUUUUGAUUAUAAUAAUAAUAAUAAUAUAUUACAUUUCCUUGAAUUUAGUCUGAAUGUCUUCCAUUCCCCCAUUUUCUGUAUAUCCCUAGUGGGUUUAGUGCUCCCCAUGUAUGUAAUAAUGAUAGUCAAGAACCUGUCACCAGCUCACCAGCAUCAAGGAAUAUCAGGUGAACAGACAUAUUCAGGGGUGGGUCUUCACUGGAUGAAUCUGUGCUCCAGUAUAAGCUUUGCAUAACUGGUAAUUUUCCCUCACUUUUUGUGUCUCGUGUACUUUCCUCAAAAGAGCUCAGAUUGCUUAAGUUGUUUAAAUGUUGCAUUGGUUGCUUCCAUAUCAUUUUUUCGUACCUAGAUUCCUCAUGGUGUCAUUUUUAUCUUGUGGCUCCAUUCCUAUAUUUGUUUAUUUGUUUAGGUUCUCAGGUAGUGUAUGUACAUCAGACAUUUUUGUUUGGUACUACUGCCAAUUGGGGCUUUCUUAAUUACUUUCUUAUGUCAGGGUUCCUCAAGAGUGUCAGCAAAUUUUGGCUUCUCAUUCUUCAUCUCUGUUGUAGUUAACAAGUUUGCAGCACCCUCAUUUUUGUCUCCCCUUUUUUUUUGGUUUAUUUGAUCCCUUCAGAUUGGCUGAUAUCUGCAUGUCUCUGCUCUCCAUUCAUGCAUGCACCUUUCAUUUUCUUCAGUUACUCAUUCAUUUCAUGUAGUGUUUUUCCCCACUUUGGUUGUCAACUGUGGGAUUAGCCAUCUUCUUGAGUUAGUGUUAACCAGAAAAAACUUUCAUAAACCUUAAUUUGGAUUUUAAAAUUGAUUCUCAAGCAGUCUUUGCUUGUGUUGGGUCACCAUUGAUCUAAAAAUGGCAGAGGUUAGUUGGUGAUGUUUACAUACCAAGCACUGGUUUCUAUACCUGUUUGAUUUUCCUGUCUCGUGCCCUCUUUACCAGCUAUUAUGACAUUAUGAAUUUUAUCUACAACUGUUUUUGAUAAGUAAAUGCACUGAUAAGAAAUGACUUAUGAUGGGUCUGAAGCCAUCAUCAGCUGGGAGAGACAGAUGAACAGGAGAGAGGAAAAAUGGGUACCACAAUGGGAAUUGUAGAUGAAAAUUGUGAGACCACUUUUUGAGUGAAAGACAUUAAGAAUUUUGUUAAAAAAUAAUAAUAAUUGGGUAGAUUUUAUUGUCCCAGGUUAUAAAAUGGGAAUCUAUGGGAAAAUUGCAUCAACUUGACAUGUUUUACACUUAAUGAGCCUUUUCUCUGGUUCUUGUCUAGAUUGUUAAGUUGGAGUCAAUUAUAUCAUUGGUUGUCAACAGAUACAGUUACUCCCAAAUAUUUUUUCUCACGCCAUUGAAUUUACAGGCCAAGAGCUGUUAUUCUAUUUCAUUCUGCUCAUUUCAAAGUUUAGCCCUAUCUAUUUACUGCUAUGUGAACAGGGGUAACAGGUGUCAGGAAAUGGGCCCAAGUCUCCACUUGCUCCAGGAUCGAAUCCAGGUCCUUUCGUUAUGAGGCAGAGGCACUGCUAUUGAGCUCUGAGCCACCUGCUUCUUAGGUAUAUUUGUAUGUUCAAUACUAAAUUUUGUGCUGCAAAGUUAAUGAAAUAAAUAUUAAAUUUUUUAUAUUUCACAUAGUAUUAAGGAUGUGUGUACUGAUAUAUUUUUAUAUUCAUCGGAAAGUAUUCAAUCCAGAGGUUAUACAGUGUCAAGGGAAUGAAGAGUAAUCAGUUUUAAUCUAAAGAAAGGAAGGGUAGCUUCCAUUCUUUGAUUUAAGGCACACCUCUUAAAGGAAUGAGAUUGUUUUGCUGUGAUGGUAAGAAUAAUGAACAAUUCUGGGAACACUUGACUUUGUAAAUUGUUUCUGAAAGCAAUUUACUCAGUGGAUUAUAACAAUAACGAACAAUUCUAGGAACAAUGAACUUUAUUUUCAAAUGCAGUUUACCCAACAGAUGGUAAUAAUAAUGAACAUUUCUGGAAGUUGUGCAUUAAAUUCUAUAUUUGUUAAGUUGAGGUUUUAUUUUAUAUAUGUAAUUCAUUGAAAAGUACUAAACCUAGGCAGUUCAGAGAAAUUAUAGUGGCCGUAAUAUCUUCAAAAAGCUAUAGGAAUUUCAAUACAAAUAUGCUUUUAUUGAAACAGGUUUGCAGUGAGAAAAAUUUUUCUCAAUUUAUCAUUUAGUGGAAGUGGAGCAGUUGAUAGGAAGACGUUGGUCUGUUAGUCACCUACACAUUUUCCCUCACUGCUCAUUAUAAUUAUAGUUAAUGUUGAGUAAUUUCUAUUGAGUGACUUUCACAUCAAGAUAAACCUUUUUUGUACAGUUUGUAUUUUGGUAAUGUGGCAUAGAUUUAAUGCUAUAUUUAAAUAUAAGGAUGAAAAUAUAAGUUUUUAAAUUUAUAUUUUAUAUCAGAAAUUACUUAUGUUUAAGUUAUAUAUUGACUGCAUGUAUUUGUUUUAAUACUAUAUCUUAAUAAAUAUAUUUAUUAGGUUUUAACAGAAUUUAAUAUAUAAUUUUGAAGGGCAACUAAAAUUUUUUAGUGCUUGAGGCUUGUGUCCUGGCCACAGUUAUGAGCAAAGAAAGAUUGAGAUGAAGAUGAAUAGGAGAGAAAGGCUUGAUGAGCAAUGACAAAGAAAGAUCUGAAAAGGAAUCUGUACAAUGUAUGUGGCAUUGCUGAUAAUAAGGGUGAACUCAACAUCUAUAUAAUGGAAAAACUACAAUCAAAUAUUUAUGUAAAAAAAUAUAUUUUUACAUGCAGAAAUAUUUUAAACGAUUAAACUGCUUUCCUCCAUAAAUUUAUGGCAACAUGGGAAGUGGUUUACCACAAUGAUCUAUGUUCUUGUGGGGAACUGUCUGCAACAUAGCUCUAAAGUGUUCUACAAAGAAACACAAAAAACUAACCACAAAAGGAAUGAAGAGAUCCUCACAGGCAACAGUUUAAAGGGUCAAAGUAUUAUUUUAUUGAAGUUGAUAAGCUAAGUAUUAGUUGGUGGAGAGAGUUGUUGGAUUGAUCUCAGAUUCAGCAAAGUUCUUAUGGCCAUUUCUGUACUGAGGACACACUAAAAAAAAUCUUAUUAGUUACUUAAGACAAAAUGUUAUUUUAGUUAAAUUUAUAAUAUUUCAUAGGGAACAAGUGUACAAUAAAAAAUAUUAUGAUUUAA